AUAUGUAUUUGUUCAUUACGGAAUGCAUCUCGUUAGUUUCACUAUAAUAUUUUUCACUAUAAUGUGUAUUCUACAUCUGACAUAUUGUACGAAAGUAAUUGACAUUUGUAAUUCUCCUGAAAAGAGGUUUUAUGUAAAUGUAGAUUCAAGUAGUAUUAUAUCAGCGUGGAAUGUGAUGGAGAAAACGAGUAAUUUAUCUAAAUGCCAAGUAGAAUUGAUGGCGUGCUCAUCCUGUAUGAUAUCCGCAAAAAUAAAAAUCCUUGAAAUGCUGAAAAUGGAUGAAAUUGUUGGUGACGUGAAACACCUGAGAAAAUCAUGCAACGGAGACCGUCUUGAAAUAGCAGAACCCCUACCUAAAGUCCACGUUAAGAGAAUAUUUUGUCCCAAACAUGUUGGAAAUAACACUGUCUCUAAAUUCACAUAUCGUUCUCAGACCAAAAGUGUAGCAAUAAAUUUUUAUUACAGUGCAAAUUACACCCAUCCAUUCAUUUUAGAAUUUACAAUCAAACGCAACAUUAGAAAUUUUGAAAUAACUUUGGACACAGAUUCAUUAGAAAACACAAUUACGUCUCCAUUUUUCCCUGUUCACUAUCCGUCAGAUUACCGAGCUCAGUACAAUAUUAAAUGCUCGUCCGAAAUAAGUGAAAAUUGUCGAAUAAAAUUGUUUUUCUUGGAUUAUCAAAUAGCACCUCAAUCUCUGUUAGAAUUUUUUGAAAACAGAGUGAAUCGAAUCGGUAUAACAAGUGGCCGAAUAUUCAGGCCACCGAUUAUAAUUUCAAAUGGAAGAACAUUGUCGAUCAACUUUUACGCAAACAAAGCUUCCAGUUUCGGAUUUAAAUUCAAUUACUCGGCUGUUUUAGGUGAAGAUGACCCUAUUUCUUUGAAGCCAGAAACGAGCUGCGGUGGUAAUGUCGGUGAUAUCGGAGGAACUAUUAUAAUGACUAAAAUGGCAAAGAAAUUUGAAACCAUCGCUUACGACUGUAUAUGGAUUAUUAAGCCCCUGCAAGAAUAUUUCAAAACGCAUUUAUUGAUCAAAAUCAUUUCAUUUUUUGAUAUGGAACAACCCAGCAAGUUGGAAAUUCAUCAAGGAUUGACAUCUGGACACAGAAGAGCUAAACAUAUAUAUUUUCGUAAUGAAUCUAAUCAGACUGUGACAGGCGUGCAAGAAGAAUUAAUAGGAACUAUGAAUACCGGGUUCUAUAUUUAUCUAAACGGAUUAUUCAAUUCGAGAUCUCGAUUCAUCAUUACAUAUUCUUCAUUUUCAUUUUCCAACUUCCACGAAACAGAGAAUUUUUUGAAACCAGCUGUCGAUAUUCCAGAUGUCACUGAAGUUUGUUACAUUGCCAGCGACUUUUUGUGUCGUAAUCAUCGAUGUAUAUCUGGACAUCUGCGCUGUGAUGGUUUUGAUCAUUGUGGCGAUGGUAGUGAUGAAUUACAAUGUGAAAAUGACAUUGAAGAAGAUUACCACCAUCGUCAAAAUUACUAUUUUCCGAAAACAGAAUCAUUUUCGUAUGUUCCAACUGGUUUAAUAUUUUCAUUUUUUAUAACGCUCUCAAUAUUCCUUUUAUGUUCGUUAAUUGGUACGUUGGUAAACCGAACGCAACAGCCCUCCGAACUGAAUCGUGCUUUAGGAACCUUAAAUCAAAUGAUAGCGGAACACAGGCCCAGAAUAAGGAAUAAUUCCACUGAAAUGGCAUCUAAUCAAGAACCACCACCUCGUUAUGAAUCACCUCCAAACUAUCAAGAGAUCAUGGAAAUGCAGAUUUUUCUCGAUAAUCAAACGAAGAGAUCAAAAGAACCAAAAUGCAAGCACAAUCGAUCAACGUGUCGAGAAUUCAAAAACAACACUCGCGCAGGAUGUAGCCAUUCUUUAAUUAUGUCCGGAGACCAAGAAUCUGCACAACACUCUUCCUCUGAUGAAAGUUUGUACGAUGGUAAUGGAAUUGUAUUAAAAAAAUACGCGAUAUUUAAAAAAUCAGACCACCAUGCGAAAAACUCAUUCGAUUCCACAACAUCAAGUGACUCGAAUGUAAUUACGAAAAAUGAUAAACUCGAAAAAAUCAACAAGAAAACGAAGCUUCGUAAUAAAGUAGUACUUGAAAGAAAGAUAAAAAUUCUACUAUCAAAAAGUACUAAUAAUUUAGUUCGUGAAAUUUCAGAUAAUCAGUGCAAAAUCAGAUUAUGCAAAAGCGUAGAAGGAUUACCUUCACAAUUAAAAUUAAUAAAUCGCGACUUUUAUGGCGAUGAAAAACCGAACUGUCAUACAAUUUUACAGACGUACGACGAAUAAAAAUGAAUUACUUAUUCUGAAAUAAAAUUGUUUAUAAAUUGCAAUGUUUAUAACAAGUUUUAUGGUACAUAAACAAAUUGGUAAUACAUAGAUACAUACAUAAAAAAUAUAACAUAUAAAAUGGUAGUAUAGAAAUAAUAACUGAUCAUGUCAUUAGACAGUGAAAUAUUAAACCAUAUAAUGAUAUAUUUAUUUCUAAAUUUGUCAUGUUGAAUAAAAAAUUAUUAAAAACUUGUAUUUUUGCG